AUGGGGAAACCGCGGAUGAUCAUUUUGAUCCGCCAUGCCCAGUCAGAAGGCAACAAGAAUCGCGAAAUCCACCAGACCAUUCCCGAUCAUCGGGUAAAACUCACUGCGGAAGGGCAUCGACAAGCCCAUGAGGCCGGCUCCACACUGCGCGCCCUCUUGCGACCCGAUGACACGAUCCAUUUCUUCACAUCACCAUAUCGCAGAACCAGAGAAACUACGGAAGGAAUCCUUCAGUCGCUAACCUCUGAUUCUCCGUCUCCGUCGCCUUUCCCCAGACACACCAUCAAGGUAUACGAAGAACCUCGUCUGCGCGAGCAGGAUUUCGGUAACUUCCAGCCAUGCUCUGCUGAAAUGGAGCGCAUGUGGCUGGAGAGGGCGGAUUAUGGACACUUCUUCUACCGGAUCCCGAACGGUGAGUCGGCUGCUGAUGCCUAUGACCGGAUAAGCGGUUUCAACGAGUCACUGUGGCGACUUUUCGGAGAAAACGAUUUUGCCAGUGUCUGUGUUUUGGUCACCCAUGGUCUGAUGACCAGAGUCUUUCUCAUGAAAUGGUACCACUGGAGCGUCGAGUACUUUGAAGACCUACGGAACAUCAACCACUGCGAAUUCGUAAUCAUGAAACUCAAUGAAGAUAAUGGGAAGUAUGUGCUGCAGAACCAGCUCCGCACAUGGUCAGAGUUGAGGAAGGAGAAGGAGCUGGAGAGACAGCGAGAUCGGGUUGUGAAUGCAGUCCCUCCAGCGGUGCCACCAUCUGAAUCACUCGUGCCCAUCCGGCGUAAAUGGGGCGGUUGUCCGGACGGGUGUAACCAUGGCAUUCGCAGGAAGGGCUCGACGCGGUCCAACCGAACGACUGGAAUGGACCUUGCCCGGAAUACCCUUGAUGCACAGCACAGAAAGGCCCACGACUCCAUUCAUACUCAUAACCAGCCAGCACAAGAAAGCAACAAAAGUAAAGGGCCCUCAACGGAUGUGAAAGCGCAGGUUGAGGGGCAAUUUAUAACAGCGCCUGAACCAGCGCUUGGAGACAGGUCCAAAGAAGCAAGAUUCUUCACCAAUAUUAUUCCUGCUCCUGCUCCACAAUACGGAGAUUUCCCUAAUCCCCAGCCCACUCGAUCCGACUUUCCGCCAAACGAACCCAACAGCAAUGAUCAAGAGAGCAACUCCAACAACGCAACCACCAGGGCAAGUCCCAUCCCCAAGCGUCCAGACCUAUCCAGGCUUCACCGCGACAGCGAGGACCACCUCCUGCACCCCCCGCGAUCAAACUAUGCCCUCCUCCACCUCAGUGGCCGCGACGGAGGCGGCACAUUAAGCGGAGCCAACAGUGUCGCACCAUCAGAAGACGAGCGCGAGGACAAGCCCCCUAAACCCACCACCCACCAACCAAAGCCCUCCCACGACCUAGGCAACGACGGCGAUGACGAGGGCAGCGGUACACAGGCACAACGUCUCCGGCGCUCACGCUCUCACCACACCAGCCACCGUCACAACCAUCCCCCCACCCCAGGCAGACGACACCUAUCCAAGAAACCCCCCAACGGCUACCCAGACAAAGACCGAAACCUAGACAGCGACCACCCAGACUCCUCAAUCGACCACGAAGAAGACCCAGACCCAGAAUACCACGAACCCAACGACGACCUCGAAGCCGCAAGACGAGAAGACCAAAGUGUCAGAGGAAGCGUCUACUAA